AUGCCUUUUACUACUGAAAUUGAGGAUUAUCCCUCAUACACAGCCUCUGCUAGGGCUGAUGCUCUGAACCGUAUCUACUCUGACCCAGGAGACCCCUCAGACAUCGCAACCACAUCGUUCUGGGUCCUGGAUCCACAGAGCUUCAGCCAGGAACCCGCACAGCCUCUGCCCAAAGAGACCGACGUGGUAAUCAUUGGCUCUGGGAUUACUGGUGCAUCAAUUGCACGGAGCCUCCUUCAAACCCGCAACUCAGAGAAAUUCUCUACCUCCCAUCCGUCUGUUGUCAUGAUCGAUGCCCGGGCAAUUUGCAGCGGCGCAACCGGCCGUAAUGGCGGUCAUAUUCUAGAGACCGGUGAUGGGUACGCCGAAUUAGCCGAUGUCUAUGGGAAGGACGAUGCGCGGAAGCUCAUGCGUUUCCGACUGGCACAUCUGCAUGAGAUACUCGCUGUUGCCGAAGAACUUGGUAUUACCGAGGAGACGCAAGUACGAAAGGUCAAGUUUUUGAGCGUUUACUUCAACGACGAGCCUUGGAAAAAGGCGUUGGAGAGAAUGCACCGUUUCAAGGCGGAUAUGCCGGAGGAAGCUGCCGAAUGGACUGCUUACGAAGGAGACACGAUCCCGAGUGAAUUUCGUUUGAUUUACGCUCGAGGCGUCAUCACCGGCCCAGCAGGGGCUCUUUGGCCGUACAAAUUCGUCACUGGUGUCCUCACUCGUCUGCUUGCAGACUUCCCAAAUGACUUCCGUGUCGAGAAAAACAACACCGUUACUGCCGUCUACGAUGAUACCUCUGCCGACGGUCCCCGCUAUAAAGUCGAGACAGAGAACGGCACUAUUCUCGCGCGGCACGUUAUUCACUGCACCAACGCCCACGUCAGUCACCUAGUCCCUGGUCUUAUUGCCCGGGUCUUCCCUGUCCGGGGACAGAUGUCCGCGCAAUGCCCUGGCGACAACUUCCCCAAUCAAUCGGCCAAGUAUUCCUGGAUCUUCAACUACGCUCGGGGCUUCGACUACAUGACCCAGUUGCCGACAGGUGAGAUGAUGCUCGGUGGCGGCUUCGCGCGAUCCGAGGGUGGCGGCCUAGGAGACGUGGGAGUCCCGUCAGACGCCGACACCAGCCGGGCCAUCGAUAUCCAUCUAGCUGGGGCUCUGCGUGAGAUCUACGGACCAGACUGGGGCUACAAAAAUCGCAACCGGGUGAUGGCGAUGUGGACCGGCAGUAUGGGAUUUAGCACGGAUGGAUUCCCCUGGGUGGGACGAUUGCCUGCUGCUGCGACUGGUCGACCCGAUCAUGGCUCUGAAGGGGCUGAAUGGAUCUGUGCUGCGUUUGGUGGAGAUGGAAUGGUCCAGGCUUGGCUUUCUGGUAAGGCUCUGGCGACUAUGCUCCUUGCGCAGGAGGCCUCGCUGAGUGAGACGGUCUCUGAGGCUCUUCCUUGGUUUCCGGAGCAAUUGCUUGUAUCUGAGGAGAGACUGGCUGAGGCUUCUUUGCCGGUAGAGGUCUGGGAUGACGAACAGAAGGCGUAUGUUCUGGGUUUUGCUUGA